AUGGCUCUCAGCGACAACAACGGCGUCAUUCCAUCCUCUACCGAUGGUGAUGCCACAGAGGAAGUCAUGAUUACCCCGAUGAUGGCGGUCAGGGGCGGACCAGGGGGGUUCUUUUUUCAGCCCAUUCAUGAAAGCCUGACCUUGGCUGCCCUGAUCAACGGCAAUUUUGGCGUGGCCUCAGGCACCACUUUGGACAAUGCCAGCAACCAUGACUGGGAAUACAUUCGUGGUGCUAUCUGGAACGAUGACCCUGGCUGCCUUCUCUUCGAUGAUAAGCGCGAGAACAACCAUAAGUAUUCAACCGGAAUCCAAUGGGGCCUUGCUUACAAAGAAGGAGCAAAACAGUGGGCUGGCCCCCCUAACCCGGUCAGGUUGAAGAACCCAACUGGUCGCUCACACUAUGGCGACCUCCAGUUCCUGCACUGCAUGGCCUCCAAGGCAGGGGAGCCCGCUGAGGAGACGAAGCGAAAGAUCAUGAUCUGGCUUGAAGUCAUGUACAAGCUGGCCAACGGAGAAGAUAGAAUCACUCCACAGACGAAGCCUCGAGACACAAAGCUCAAAGAAUUUUGUCCCGCAGGCUCGCUUCCAAUGAGUUGGGAUUCGUUGGCCUCCUAUCUUUCGGGCAACUCCGGGUUCGUCGGGCUAGAUGUUGGACGUCGAGCAUUGGGUAGCAUGUUUCACAUUAUCCAGGACUCAUACGCCAUCGGUCACACAAAGCGCAAGCCUUUGAAUGAAGGCGAGAGAAUCUCAAACAAUCCGAUCACAUAUAAACCUGGAGUGAUAGACCUCUGGGGCCCCAUCGAGAACUUCCACACCUACGGAGGCCAGGAUGAGGGCUCGCAUUCACACUAUGACCAUGGAAAAGAGUCGCUUCGAAAUCCUGACAACUUGAGUGAUCUAUCUCAGUUUAAUGGCCUUGUUGGGUGCCGUAUGGCCAUUGAGAAGUGCCAGGGGCUUUUGAGGCUGAAGCAGGCUGGGACAAAGUGGAGUGAUGGAGUAGAGGCGUAUCUUUCUGGGCAUGUCUUUGAAUUAUCUCGGGAAGCUACUGGGGCAAACAACGAAGUGUAG